AUGGUUAGAGCUUCAGUACUUAACGAUGCCCUCAACAACAUCGUCAACGCCGAAAGACGAGGAAAGAGACAAGUUCUCAUCAGACCUUCCUCAAAGGUAGUUAUCAAGGUACUUUCCGUCAUGCAAAAGCACGGUUACAUUGGUGAAUUCGAGAUCAUCGAUGACCACCGAGGUGGAAAAGUUGUUAUCCAACUUAAUGGUCGAUUGAACAAAUGUGGUGUGAUCUCUCCCCGAUUCAACAUCGCCGUUGACGCUAUCGAACAAUGGGUUGCCCUCCUUCUCCCCGCUCGAUCUUUCGGUAAGAUCAUCCUCACCACCUCUGCCGGUAUCAUGGAUCACCAAGAAGCCAGAAACAAGCACGUCGGUGGUAAAAUCCUUGCUUUCGUCUACUAA